AUGUGCGUCGAAGGCAUAUCGGUUUCGGCGGCAGCGGUUCGUCCACGUGUUCAGGCAGCUGUGAACUACACGAAGCUGUGCCAGCUGCUCCAAAAAAUCCAGGAGCAGAAGGAGGGUCUGGCGAAGGCAUACGGCGGUUCGUUGGCGGUCAAGCGGGAGAUAUGCCAGAGCUGGGAAUGCGCACUUCGACUUCCCAAGGCGCCGUGCCACACCAUCUAUUUCCUCAUCCACGCCAUGGAAAGCUUGUUUGAUUUCGCGCACGGGGCCGGUGGUUGGGCCGCUGCGAAUCGUUUGGCGCAGGUUUUGCUCCAGCGCCACGAGUCCUAUCUGAAUGGGGCGGAGCAAAAGAAGGCACAACAUAUUCUGACGACCACCCGGCACGGCCGCCUUUCCGGGCGUGUUGGGACGGAGAUCGCCAGUGCAUGUCCUGUUUGCAGAGCUCCAGCAGACUUCCUCGCGCUGAGUUGCGACAGUUGCCAUGCCGUGUUUGGAGUCGACUUCAGAGACCUCACUGUUUGUGAUCUACGACAAGCCAAGACUUGCACCGUGUGCAGAGCAACCUUUGGCGGUGCGACGUUGGAGCAGCCCGAGCGCAGAAGGCAAGCAGGCCUCGCGCAGCCAAUCAAGUCGAAAGCUCAACGCAGCUGCACUAGUCACACGGUGCAAGAAAGUCUUAGGCCUGGGCAUAAAGAAAGAGAGAGACUUUGCUUGUCUUAUGUCUCUCAGCUUUUGUUCUCUCAGUCAUCCAGACUAUGCUGGGAAAAAGUUUCUGUAUGUGAAAUAUUUAGCUGUGGCAGUCAUCCUCUCGUCCAUGCUUCUGCAUGGGCUCCAUCUGUGUAUUUGCGUGCUCACGAUGGGGUCGUCACUGCGGUGUGGUUAGAUCACUGA